GCUGCAGUGCAGGGCCAAACUACGUGAGUGCGGGGGUGCAGAGCCGGUCAGCAGACGGAGGGGACGGAUCGUUAACCGCGCCCAAGUUAAUACUAGAGGAAACUGUGAGCCCCACAGAGACCUCCGCCGUGACAUCUUCGCCUGUAGCCACUUUAGCUUUAAGCCGCCCCGCUACACGUCGGCUUUCAGACUCGUCUACCGACUGGGCAAAAGAAUGGGCGAUUCCAAAAUAUUAAAGGAACUCCUGGAGAGCCAAAGACGGCCAGCACCGCUGCAAAGACGGCUGCCUGGCGCCUUACAGAAAUGAACUUGCCGUUGCCCCAGGUCAGCGAGCAGAGGGACCCAGAGCCAACUCAGAUGCAGGGACCGCAGGGGGACCCGCUGCUGCUCUCAUGUUCCCUGCAGGAGCUGUUGGCCAGGGACACUGUGCAAGUGGAGCUCAUUCCUGAGAAGAAGGGCCUUUUCCUGAAGCAUGUGGAAUACGAGGUUUCUAGCCAGCGCUUCAGAUCCUCUGUGUACAGGCGGUACAAUGACUUCGUGGUCUUCCAGGAAGUGAUGCUGCAGAAGUUCCCGUACCGCAUGGUGCCGGCCCUGCCACCCAAGAGGAUGCUGGGAGCUGACCGGAAGUUCAUUGAAGCUCGGAGGAGGGCACUGAGGCGCUUCAUUAACCUGGUGGCCCGGCACCCCCGCUUCUCAGAGGACGUGGCCCUCAGGCUGUUUCUGUCCUUCAGUGGCCCUGACGUGCAGAACCAGUUAAGGGAGUCAGCUCAGUGUGUUGGAGAUGAAUUCAUGAACUGUAAGCUGGCUAUGCAGGCCAAGGACUUCCUGCCGGCUGACAUCCAGACUCAGUUCGCUGUGAGCCGGGAGCUGAUCCGAAAUAUCUACAACAGCUUUUACAAGCUCCGCGAUCGGGCUGAGCGGAUUGCGUCGAGGGCCAUCGACAAUGCUGCUGACCUUCUCAUAUUUGGGAAGGAAUUAAGUGCUCUGGGAUCUGACACGACCCCGCUCCCCUCCUGGGCCCCUCUCAGCAGUAGCACAUGGGCGUCCCUUAAGCAGGCGCUGAAGGGCCUGUCUGUUGAAUUUGCACUGCUCGCUGACAGGGCUGCGCAGCAGGGCAAACAGGAGGAGAACAAUGUGGUGGAGAAACUGAACCUCUUCUUGGAUUUGCUUCAGUCCUAUAAGGACCUGUGUGAGCGGCAUGAGAAGGGCGUGCUGCACAGGCACCAGCGGGCUCUGCACAAGUACAGCCUGAUGAAGAGGCAAAUGAUGCGCGCUGCCGUGCAGAGCUGUGAGCCCGAGGCCGUGGAGCAGCUGGAGACCCGCAUCGUGGAGCAGGAAAAUGCGAUUCAGACGAUGGAGCUGCGGAACUGCUUCUCCCUGUACUGCCUGCACCAGGAGAUGCAGCUGGUGCACGCCUACCUGCCCCUCACCUCCCACAUCCUCGGGGCCUUCGUCAACUCUCAGAUCCAAGGGCACAAGGAGGUGGGUCCCCUGCCUGCAGGUCUGCCUCCCCUCGCGGCUGCCACGGAGGACUGCUUAGCAGAGUUAGCGGAUUGGGGCGAGUGCCAGGCCUUAAAGCAGCUCCUAUUCACUCGAUCUGUGACGGGAAUGAGUAAGGUGUGGAAUGACCUGAGGUCCAAGCUGCCUUGCUUCUUCGCGGGACAGAACAGCAACGCCGCCCCCCCGAGGUUCCUGCAGGACGGUGUGUCUCCUCACUAGUGCCGAGUGCUUCCGAGGCCUCACUAAAGCCUCUUUC